UUGAAGAUAUGCACAUGGCCACCAACGGUCACCGAACGUGUACGCGACAUGGUGACCUUCUACAACGACAAGUACCUAGCCCCACUGCUCAUGCGCGAGCCGCCCAAGUCGCGCAACCACGAGAUCGUUAACGUGUUUACGAAGCUAAGCCUCAAGGAUGCGAUGGACCACCUGGCGCGUCACGGCACCUUCACGAGCAUCGACGAUACCUCCAUCGGCCGACUCAUACGCAACUUCUCCUCCUCCAACAUGCACAGCGGUAACGGCAACAUGCAUCACGAGGACAGCAACCCGGCGCUAGACAUGCACGAACUCGACGCUCACUUCUCGCGCAAGGACGCUGAUGACGCACGCUGCCACCACAUCGUCGUGGACGCCAUGUUUCAGCCGAGGAAACGGCAUAAGAGCUACGAGCGGCACAAUCUGGCGGAGCUGGAGAAUCAUCCCCCAUUCCACCAUCACGCGCGCCUGCAGAUGAGACACAUGGUGUCCGACAAGCAGUCUAAGAAGAACAGCUCGGCAGCUAAGAAGGCAGCUAAGAAGAACAGUGUCGCACAGAUGUACAUCCUUGAUGAAGGAAAACUCUCUCCCAAACGCUCAAAUCGGGACAUGAAUCGACGACCGGUGAAAAACGUCAGCUUCUUCGACGGAGUCACACCUGCCAAAGACACGUUGAUGGUGAGGCCAGUACAUAACGGUGGCUCAGUCGUCUCCUCGGAAGAUGAAGAUGAGGACGGAAUCACCUUCCAAGUAAAAGGUUCUAUGGAGUCGAGCUUAGACGAUCCUGCUCCCCCGUCGCCAACUGCAGCCGAGAGGAUGUUGCCGUGGCGACAGCGCGACGGCGAGUCGCAGGUGUCUCCGAUUCGCUCGCACUCUCCCAAGUGGGCCGACAACUACAUCCACACAGCGUCCCCGCAGCAUCUUCACUCUCCCUCUUUCUUGCCGCCGGAACCCAGCGCCGCAUCCUCGGCGGUCGCCGCGGCGACCGGCGUGCCACCCCCGAUCCCGCCGCGCGCGAGGACGUCCGAGAGCGAGGAUGCCGGCGAGUGCGGCGACAAUCGCAGCGUCGCGACCGAGUCGACCGACGUCGGCGGCGGCAGUCUAACCGACGGCAAGCAGUUCUCGCCGCUCGUCUUCUCCUCCUUCGGCGGCGGCGGCGCGCCGGGCUUCUCCCCCGAGGGAGACGCCGCGUCGGCCUUCUCCCCUGACCCCCCCGCGUCUCCGUUCUCGCCGGACGAGCCGCGGCCCGUGACCUUUCACCUGACGCUGUCGGACGAAGAGGAACAACCGCUGCACGACUCCCACUUGGACAUGUCGUCGACGUCGCAGCCCAUCGGCUACUACGACUUCAUGCGAGCCCCGGCGCCGCCGCCGCGCGCCGAGGCGCCGAGACGCGAGUCGUUCGACGCGAGACGCGACGAGUUGUUUGACGCGAGACGCGACGAGGCGUCCGGUGGCGCCCCGGCGCAGGAAGCGAACGGUCCGGUGAUGCGGCCGCCGCGGCGGCGGAAGCGUAACAAACACGGCGGGCAUCACCACCACCACCAGAAGCAGCAGCAGCAGGAGGUGAACGACGCUUACAGGGGGGUGGGUGAGUCGGUAUCGCACGCCGGCGGAAUUGUGAUAGAGCUGAGGGACAACGACCAUCUCACCGUCCAGCUGGUGGACACGGACGACAGUGCCGGCGGCGGCCGCGACGGACCGAAUGAGUCCAACCUGUGA